AUUUUCUAACCUCAAACUAAAACAUUGUUUAGGCUCAGUCAGCAUUCAUGUUCACAGAUCAAUGUUUGAGUGUUUUGUGUGAUUUUGAAUGUAAACGUUGUAAGUUGUGAUGGAAGUUACCAGAGAGAAUUUCAAAACGUUGUUACCAACUAUUGAAGCCGACAUUGAUGAUGCUGAAUUUUUCACUAUUGACGGUGAAUUUACGGGUCUAAACAAUGGAAUCGAGACAAGCACUUACGAUACGCCGGCCGAAUAUUACAAGAAACUGAAAGAUGGAUCAAUGGAAUUUCUUUUCUUUCAAUUUUGGACUGGCUGCUUUUAAGUUCGAUAGAGCUACAAAAAAGUACAAUCACAAAGCAUACAACUUCUACCUGUUUCCGAGACCAAAUUCUAAAACUCGACAUGUUGCCGAUUCUAGGUUUCUUUGUCAAAGCUCGUGCAUUGAUUUUCUAGCUGAACAUGGUUUCGACUUCAACAAGGUGUUCAAACAAGGUAUUUCUUAUUUGAAUUCAUGUGACGAGGAAAAAGCUCUGGACUUGUUAGAGAACCGCAAGAAAAACUUGUUAGACUCUGACAACGAAAUCAUCACGGUCCCAAGUGAUUUUAAGUUGUGUGUCGAAAAUGCUUGUGCUCAGGUAGAGGAUUUCAUCAAAUCGGAGGACAAAGAAAGAGAAAUUGUUUUACUGAAAAAUAAUGCGUUCGCGAAGAAACUGGUACACCAGCAAGUUAGCAAACGUUUCUCUGAAAAAGGAAUUGGCUUGGUCUCAUCAAAUAAAGCCAUGCUCGCUCGUAAGGAUUACAACAAAGAGAAAGAGAUAAUUGAAAAGUACGAAGCUGAGAAGAUUGAACUGCAAGAUGCUGUUGGUUUCACCCUAGUCAUGAGGAAGCUGGCUGAAUCUGACAAAUUGAUUGUUGGCCACAAUUUACUGCUGGAUCUGUGUCACAUUUUGAAUCAGUUCUUCGCUCCACUACCGCACGAGUAUUCAGAGUUCAAAUAUAUGCUACAUGAUACAUUUCCAAGGUUACUGGAUACGAAAUACAUGUGCUACGUUGAGCCUUUCAAAUCAUUCCUUUCAACAUCAACUCUUGCUCAUCUUGUACCUGCAAUAAGUGAAGUUCCGUUCCAACUUCCUGAAGUUGGAUGUAUUGAUGAAGAUUAUGGUUAUGAGCCUAAUUCCACGAAAAACCACGAGGCCGGAUUUGAUGCAUACAUUACUGGACUAGUAUUUAUAGCAUUCUCAAACUUUCUAGCUAGCAAGAAAAUUGGUAGUAAUGACAUUCCUGUCACACAAAGAGGAAUCUUGGCGCCUUUCAUUAAUAGGUUACAUUUAAUGAAAGUCAACGAUUCAUACAUAAAUAUCUGUGGAAAUGACCCGGUAUCCUCAAGAAACCACGUUUUCUAUGUCACGUUUCCUAGUAGAUGGAGGUUUAAACAGAUAGCCGACUUAUUCCAACCUGUUGGCACAAUUCUAGUCAACUGGAUCACCGAUGCGUCAGCCUGGGUGACUCUGAAUGACGCCGAAAUGGCUGACAGCGUACCCACUCUAAUAGACACAUCUAGCUAUAAUGACGUCACCAUCCAAACGUACGAGCAACGCAAGAGCGUGACCGGCGGUAGUCCCACGUUAGGCACACCGUCAGGUACACCGUCAGGUACACCUUCAGUCACGCCUUCGCAGUUGUUUUCACCGGACACGUCUUCGGCGCUGAAAAAGCGGAAACGCGAAGUGCAGUCGACGGGAAGUGGCGCUAGUGCGGCGCUGGCGGCUGCGGCAAGGAGACGCAGUCGCAGUAGAGAAAGCUUUUCCAGAAGAAGUUUUGAAACCAUUCCGGAGGAAUCAGAGGAUGUGGACUCUCCAAUAAGAAAAAAGAGGCUGAUUGUCGAGUUUGAAGAAUUGCCCAAAAAAGAUCAAAACGUGGAAUUUGAUGAGAAUAAUUCUUGGGACUGAGGAUUGAUCAACGUUUGAAAGUUUUAGAAGUGUUUCUAAAAUUUCAAACUUUUUCUAUUAUCGGUAUACUGGGCAGUGAAAUAGUUAGUGUUGUUGUCUUGUUGAAGAUCUCAUGUGUUCGUCAUUGAUGUUAUUGUAAAAAUGAUAUUUGUUGUCAAAGUAAGUGUUGAACAGUAUUUGAAAUCAUAACAUCUCACAAUUCUUUUAUAAAUUUGUAAGGUCUAUUUAUAGAAGGAACAUAAAACUUAUUCAAGUUUCUCGAAC